CGUCUCGCGCAUUCUAUACUACUUCAACUACUUUCAGAGUCAAGAUGGCUGCAGCUAUGGAUGUUGAUACCCCAAGUGGCACAAACAGUGGAGCGAGCAAGAAACGUUUCGAAGUGAAGAAGUGGAAUGCUGUUGCACUCUGGGCAUGGGACAUUGUUGUGGACAACUGUGCCAUCUGCCGAAACCACAUCAUGGAUCUCUGUAUAGAGUGCCAGGCCAACCAGGCUUCUGCCACGUCUGAGGAAUGCACAGUAGCCUGGGGAGUCUGCAAUCAUGCGUUCCAUUUCCACUGUAUCUCCCGUUGGCUGAAGACUAGGCAGGUGUGCCCUCUGGACAACAGAGAGUGGGAGUUUCAGAAGUAUGGACACUAGGUGCAACCCUCUGGACUCUGCCUCCUCUGCCAGGUUCACGCUUAGGCUAUUGUUGUUUUGCCCUUCCUUUGUAUCUCUCUCACUGCAACCAGUCUAUCAAAGGACAUUAUUCCACAUCUUCCCCUGUCAUUGUUUUAGGUUAGCUAAAACAACCUUUUUUUAAGUUGGAAUUUGCAAUGUUGUUGUAAAUUAUAAUUAAACAUUGAUGUUUGGCCAA